CCUGUUUGUGCUAGAAGAAAUAUUACCGCAUCCCCCCGUUCUGCAUUUCCGUCUCUCUUCUCUUCUCUCUUCUCCUCUCUCAAGCUCCGACCCGGUGCCCGUUCGUUUGAUCCCGCGGGAGAACGGAGCGCGAAUUUCCCUCCCCGAACACAGUAUCGCGCUCUUCCGCCGAAAGUAACUCGCGGCGGGGAUGCACGCCGCGUGUUUGGAGCGCGUCUCGAAACUCGCGGUUUGCCUCUAAACGCGCCCUUUCGCGACCCUGCUUCCCCCCCUUUCGUUCCACCUGCCCGAAGAUCGGCCGUGUCGGAAUGCGCGAGGACUCUCGCGAGUAGCGAGCGACGCGAGUGACUCGCGCGAAUCGCCUGGAUUCGAACGCGCGUUUCUUCCGCGCGGAUAAGAGAAAAAAAAUCGCUUCGUCUCCUCUACGUAACGUAACGCGCGGGAGGAAGGAGUAGCCUCUUUCUUAGAAUUCGGCGCGGGAGGAACGCAGGGGAGAGCAGCGGCGAGGGCGCGGUGGGAAGAAAGGAAGCAAGGAAGGAACGACGACCGCGCUAAUCGGGCAUGGGUCUGACGGAUACCAGUUUCGAGCUACUUCUGACCCUGUGGCGAGUCUUCGUCGUGGGAGUCCUGCCGUGGACCGAGGAGCCGCGCGGUCAGUGUCGCGGUGUCUCGUCGAGCUGCAACAUUCACGGCGACGCCGUCGCUCGUUAGUCAUCUUCGGCGCGACGCUCGGUUCCGGAAGGAUGUCGUCGACGGUGGUAAAGAAUGCCGCGAAGGGCGUCAACGCGGCCGGCGACGGCAGGGAGACUUGGUCGGGGAAGCUCGAUUUCUUGCUGUCGGUCAUCGGGUUCGCCGUCGAUCUCGCCAAUGUGUGGCGAUUCCCGUACCUUUGCUACAAGAACGGUGGUGGUGCAUUUCUGGUUCCCUACUGCGUGAUGUUGGUGGUCGGCGGUAUUCCUCUAUUUUACAUGGAGCUCGCUCUUGGUCAAUUCAACAGAAAGGGUGCUAUCACUUGCUGGGGUCGACUGGUACCGCUUUUCAAAGGUAUCGGAUACGCGGUCGUCCUAAUCGCGUUUUACGUUGAUUUCUACUAUAACGUCAUCAUCGCCUGGUCACUUCGUUAUUUCUUCGCCUCGUUCGCCACGAUGCUGCCGUGGACCUCCUGCGACAACGACUGGAACACGCCGCUGUGCCGUGAAUUCGACGCGAACGUCUCGUACGCGCUCGAGGAUAUGACCAGCGACAUAAGUGAGAAUUUUGGAAACGCCACCCGGCUUCUGGUCGAUCUAGGAUCGGAUGUCGCUGCUCAGAGUACGGCGGAUAAUCAUACGAGCGCUGCGCAUGAAUACUUCAAUCGCGCUAUUCUGGAGCUACACCGAAGCGAGGGCUUACACGAUCUUGGUGCCAUUAAGUGGGAUAUCGCGCUAUGCUUGCUCGUGGUCUAUCUGGUCUGCUACUUUUCCCUGUGGAAGGGCAUCUCGACUUCCGGCAAGGUAGUCUGGUUUACUGCUCUUUUCCCUUACGCAGUCCUGCUCAUUUUGUUGAUAAGAGGUGUCACUCUACCGGGCAGUAUGGAGGGGAUCCGUUAUUAUCUCAGUCCAAAUUUCGCCGUUAUCACAAAGGCAGAGGUAUGGGUGGACGCGGCGACGCAGGUAUUUUUCUCUCUAGGACCGGGAUUCGGAGUGUUGCUGGCCUACGCGAGCUACAACAAAUAUCACAACAAUGUUUACAAAGACGCCCUGCUGACGAGCUUGAUCAACAGCGCAACGUCCUUCGUCGCAGGAUUCGUCAUAUUCUCGGUGCUCGGCUACAUGGCGCACGCCAGCGGCAAGUCCAUCCAGGAUGUCGCCACAGAAGGACCCGGUCUGGUCUUCAUCGUCUAUCCGGCGGCCAUCGCUACGAUGCCCGGUUCGACAUUCUGGGCGCUCAUCUUCUUCAUGAUGCUGCUCACACUCGGUUUAGACAGCUCGUUCGGAGGCUCGGAGGCAAUUAUAACGGCACUUAGCGACGAGUUUCCAAUAAUCGGCAAUAAUCGUGAGAUCUUCGUGGCGUGCUUGUUCACUCUAUACUUUCUGGUCGGACUUGCUUCUUGCUCACAGGGCGGGUUUUACUUUUUCCACUUGUUGGAUCGAUACGCGGCCGGGUACUCGAUGCUGUUCGCCGUACUGGCAGAAACAAUCGCGGUCAGUUGGAUCUAUGGAACGGACCGAUUUUGCGCCGAUAUCAAGGACAUGAUCGGAUUCAAACCCGGCAUCUACUGGCGUGUAUGCUGGAAAUUCGCAGCACCUCUUUUCCUUAUGUUUAUCAUCGUCUAUGGUUUAAUGGGAUACGAACCAUUAUCAUACGAAGAUUACACUUAUCCGGUUUGGGCAAAUAUAUUAGGCUGGCUAAUCGCAUGCUCUUCCAUCAUCAUGAUCCCAGGUAUGGCGAUCUACAAAAUCAGCAGCACACCCGGAUCCUUUGUUCAAAGGUUGAAGAUCCUGACGACACCGUGGCGGGACACGCAGCAUCAGAGGAACGAUCUGUCCUCGGUGGCGAACGGCGCGAUACGUCGAAGUUUCCUGGCCGAGCAGGACUUCGAAAUUACCAAGGAUCACGAGUUAACUAAGGAACAGACGGAGGUAAUGAUUCAAUCUAGAGAGGGUGUCAAGGGGAACGAUCCGCCUCCCGAGCCAGUCUAGGACAGUGCGGUUGUGAUUUUGCACGGUGCCCGGUUCCAAGUAUACCUCUGCUAGAGCACGAACGCCGAGCAAGGUCCCACGGCGGCAAGUAACAAAAAUCCACCGAUCGAACAAGACGAGGAUCAGUCUCUUAUCACGGACCGAUACACUACGGACACUCGAGCGCACUCCCACUUGAAUCUCGAGGGUACCGACUUGAUUGACGACGUGUGAUCUCUUCUCCUCGGGUCACGGUCGAGAUCCCGCGCGACUCGACGUUCGCGCGUCGGCUCACUUUGUUUCUUCAUCGCCGAGAACGGAACCGAAAAGGCAGGCUAUCCCCCGUUCCGCGUGUGUUCCAUCGCGAAAAGUGUCGCGCGGAUACCGAUGAUAGAAAGAAAGAAACCCGGAGAAGAGAGUGGAUGUCGUCGCGACGUAACACCGACAUAACGUCGUCAGCCAUGCCUUCCCUCGGACGGGCCUCCCCUAGCGAUAACCCCUGUAUCCUGUAAAUAUUUAACAACGCGCGUCACGGAACACGACAAGUCGCAUGAGAGAUUGGUGAGAUACCUUGGCGAACACAAGCACUGAUGUUCACGCUUCUUCUAACGGACAAUGUUUGUCGCAAACGAGAGAGCCACUCUACGAUCCUACCUACCUUUGGACGACAGCUUUAAACCUAGGAGAAUCAUUUACGCAAAGAGUCUAAUUUAGUAUAGUCUCGACCUUUGUAAUAAACCGACUCGGUAUUUUUCUAAGGAGCGCGGCGACUAAUGGACCCGCUUUGAGGCAAUUAACCGAGAACCCGUUUAUCUUCAGUAAAAAAAAAACAAUCCCCCUCCUCCCCCUUCCUGCGUAAAAGAUUCCCCGAGUCGUUUCGCGGUAUCGAGUUCGAAACGGACUUUGUUGUUUAAUAAUACCGUUUAUUUUAGACCGAUGCAAGAGUUAUGCAAUCGCGUAUAAAAAGAAAACGUUCACUUCAUAUAAAGAUGUUAUAGAAGAGAGAUUAUAACGUUAAGAUAUCUUGUAGGAGAUGAUUGCGCGAUACCGAUUAAUUUCGAAUUGCGAUUGACGAUUCCCUCGCUGGGACGCCACGUUGUUAUUGUCUAUAAAAUAGAACGGUGGGAGGGAAUUGUGAGUUGAUCACGGUUAAUCGGCGUCGAUGUUUUAGACGGUGGAUUUAGAAUUAUAUAUAUAUUUCCGUUUGACCAGCCCUCCAGGGCUUCGCCGUAAGCCCGCGGACGGUAAAUGCUGUGUGGACUAUACGCAAAUUAUAAUAUCACCGGUAAAAUGUUAAGGAAUUUAUCAGGUCUCUAUUGCCGGUGUGAAUACGCUUCAUAACGAUAUCCCGCUCAGUCCUGUGUCGAAUCACCAUCGUAGCACGGAGAACGAUGGCGUUUUUUAUAUAGAUACAAUUUUCAAUCACUGGGUUCACACUCAUAAUCUUCUAGUCAUCGAUUAUUUCCUUACAUAUCCAUUAAAGAUCCGCGAGUGUAUGAUGCGAUUUCUUUAAUGAAAAUUCUCUAGAAAAUUUAACUAUAACUUUCAGCCAUCUUGAUAGUUUAUUAUUUUACAUUAUUUGUUUACUGACUGGCUCCGCACGACCUGUUUGUCGAAUAUUACACGGAUUUUAUCACAUUAAAACCGAAUUUUAUAAUAUUAUCACGUGGACACAUACAAUAUAUCAAUUGUGUAAUCCCGUAUCAAUAGUUUAGGUAGUCAGACAUGCUUUUCGGUUUUAAACAUUGAAUGUAAAAACAUAUUGCGUUUGAAAAUUAAACAACCGUAAUAUUUACUUUAUAUAUGCUUAAUACGAAUGUAUAAGUUUAAAAUAAUAAUAAUUAUAAUACUAAUUCAUUGAAAUAAUAAUUUUGAUGAAUUAGUAUUCAUUAGUAUUUUACCUCAAUUAAUUGUGAUUAAUUGUUAUCAGUAUUAUUUAAAACAUAAUGUUUAAUUUAAUCAUUUGGAGUAUUUAAAAAAAAUUUAGAAGCGUUUAUCUUUCCACUAUACUUAUCAGGUUGAUCAGAAAAUCUUUUCAUAUUUUAUGUGCAAAAAGGAUGACUUAAAAUACGAAAAGACUUUCUGACCAACCUAAAAUUAGUUUAUUUUUAUUUACACCAUUUCAGUUAUUUAAAAUACAUGGAGGAUUAUUGUGCCAAAUGAUUUUUUUUACAAGAGUUUUUGUUUGUAUAGAAACUGCAAAGGAUUUAUAACCCUUUACAGUCCAAACCAUUUCUCAGAAAUGGUCAAAUAUUUUAUUCUCAAUUUUGUUAUUCUCAAUCUAAUCGGCUAAUUAAAGAUUUUUAUACUUAGAGGAAUUUAUAGAAAUCUCAAAAAUAUGCAUUGCCGAUUAUAAUAUGAGGAAUUAUAUGAUAGAUUAUAUCGCAACGUAUUAGAUUAAGUUCAACUCAACGUAGGAUCGUAAAUAUGUGUCAUAAAUACGGGUCGAUUCGCGAAUAAACGCGUCGUGUGGGCCUGACAGUGGAGCGACAAUUUUGCGAGAAUCAGUCGCAAUUUCCAGUAGUUUGAGAUCAUAACGUCGAACACUUAACGAGUGUUCAAACCCUAACGUGCGCCGGUAUGCUCGUGACUCUAUUUGUCUAUCUGCUUCCACACUUAUGCGUUAUCGCGCGACGUAACGGGGACGAUAAAUCGUCUCCUAAUUCUCACAAUAUCGCGCGACGCGCGUAUCUCCCCUUCGUUCACGAUGCACCGCCUUCAUUGAGAUAGGACCGUUCGUCAUUUAUCUAAUAGUAUUAGCCAGGGCCAGUAGAAUUGAUCGAUAUAACGUAGGUAUCCGACGGAUGUUCUCAGAUACGUAAACGUCCUCCAGAGUCGAGCAGUUUGCAGGUAACUUUCUGAAAGACUACAUUUUAAGAAAGUUGCUUCAAUUAAGUUAAAUAAUUUAAAUAAUUAAAAAAGGUUGUUUUAAUUGUAUAUUUAUAACAUCCUUUCUUCUUAUGACUAACAUAUAUACAAGUAUCUCAACUCUUUGGCUACUACGCGCCACUAUAAUGACUUCCCGUUUCAAAUCUAUUCUUUCAAGCGAAAGACUCCAUUGUGCCCAUAUUAGAUUAAAUAUUGAGAUUAAGAUUAGAUUGGGAUUUAAUUAAUCAGAAGAAAGAAAAUCAAUCUCAAGUUUAGUGAACUUUGCUUUGAUUAAUCAAAUUCCAAUCCAGUUUCAAUCUUUAAUCUGAUACGGCAUUAAAGUGACUUCCCUCUGAAAAGUCUUUUGAGACAAAAUACCACUGUAAUAACUUUUUUCUAUGUCGAAUCUUGCCAUUAUUCAGUAGAAACUCAGACAGCACACAUGUCCAAAAUCGUCUUCAAAACGUCCCGAUUAUGGACAUACGUGUUGUCAGUGAAUGCUCUAAAUUGUUUUGAUCUGCAUUUAUUUCAUCAAAAGAAAUGCGUUUGCGCUUUUAAAUUUCGCGGAGCCGUGCGAUACGCUCCGCCAUAGUCAAAGGAUUAAUCAUACAUUUAGAGUUGAUUCUUUCUCUUAUUUAUUAUUACUUAUUUAUUAUUUACUGAAUUAACUUAAUUUAGUAAAUUAAUUUCAGCAAAUUAUUUAGUUUGUUUAAUUUUUCUUAGUUCACUAAAUUGUUCUUCAAAAUUUUUUUAUUAUCAAAUCAGCGUAUCAGUCUGCUGCGAUUUAUCGAUUUGUUUCUUAAUAAAAAAAACUUCUUUCAUAUGUGGCAAUUAACCAUACAAUAUAAGCACAAAAUAUUAGUAAAAAUUUGCGCGUCUUCGACGGAUAUCCAAGGAUACCUGCGUCGCGCAUUCCCGCCGCAAACUUCGUUUGGUCGGGAGACGAAGGGGUCGUAUUGUCCCGGCGCGGGCGGCGGGGGACGCCGAUAUAUCACACUUGUAGGUACAAUAAUUACGUGUCUCGCAUUGUAGCCCCGCGAACUGGCCGAUGAACAAAAAAAAAGAACGGCCGGGCAUAGGAAUUAAGAAUUUCGAAAUCGUCGUGAUAGAAAGUCGUUAGAAUCUUGCGGUCGCGAGGCGACCGCCGCGACCUGCGUUCUCCAUCCCCCUCUCCCCCACCUCCUAACACUUCAUCCCUCGCGCGCAGGGGCGCGUCGUCGCACGCGCGACACAUAUAUUAUAUAGUUUAUUUAGCGAUCGUUGUUUAGAUACAGAGAUGUAUACGUAUCUAUAAACUCACAUGUGUAUGUAUAUACAGAUAUAAAAGUCUACAUAUAUAUAUAUUUUAUACACAUCGCAUCCGAGUUGCCACCGCAGCCAUAGGUAGCAGCUCGGGCCUUGUUAAACUCGAUUGAACGAUUUAAACUGACUUCGCCUCCGAGACGAGGAAACUACAAUAGCACAAGCUUGCGAGAGGAGAAGAAAAAGAAACGUCGGCUUAUAUAAUCCCGAAACCUUUCUCUCCCUUCCGCCACCCCCCGAAGUCAAGUCGCGGCGAUCGUGCCCGCCCAAGAGCCAUAUUGGUCGGGCAUUCGCCGAGGCUUAUUAAAUCGCACGCGCAAGAAAGUUUUUGCAUCGCUUUGGAUUGCGGCACUACUAUACCCCUCACACCGUACAUGUAUAUUCUCUAACGUUACGCUUUUCUAAUUAGUGCACCGAUUAUUGUCAAUCGACACCGCUAUUAACCGCUGUAUUUAACAUCGUUGUUAAUUUUGAUUAGAAUAUUUUGUUGUUACUCGUAUUAUAAGUGAUAAAUAUGAGAUAUUGUUUUCCUUUAGCUUUGUUACACCUGGAUUUACGUGGGCGAGACGGUCAUUAUUCGUCGGUACCGUAUUGACAGCGCGGUACCGAGAUAAUAAUGAUUCCGUUCGUCCACCGAAGACAACCAGCCAUGAUUGAGUUUUUAGGGCAUUAUGCAAUAAAAUAAGAAAUAUAUUAGUUA